GUUAUUCUGUUUUCUUUUUUUGCUUUUCUUCCAUGGCUUAAAGCGUUAAUUCUGCCCAAUGCAAUGUAAUUUUAUUGAGCAACAUGAGCCGGAGACAGAAUCUUCGCUGCCAUCAGACCCCAAAUGGUAAAUAGGCUCUUUCUCUAAUUCCUGGGAUGUGCUAUAACUCAGUUUGAAUGUUGAAAGGAAAUGGGCCUCCAGGGGAGUCUGGAGCUCUGUUCAUUCAAGUUCUAAUUAAAGUUUUCCCCUCUCAAGUUUCACUUUAUUUUCCGGGGCUUUUGCUCCACGAUGAUUAUUAACAUGUGUCCCACAGCCCGGAGAUCGUUAUACCCUUCCCUGCCCCAUAUUCCACAGCUGCCUCCUGCUGCAGCCCGGCUGCCUGGCACUCCGUCCCGGCGGUGCAGCUGUUGGCAGGCAGAGGCUGCGCGGCUGCUCUCCUGCAGCAGGCGUUGCUUUCCUCCAGCGCUGCUCGGUCGGAUGCUGCUGUCCAGCGGGGACGAUCCAGUCCAGGAUUUCUUCCAGCCUUUUCUUCACGUUUCAAGAGCCCAGGCCAACUCUGGCUUCCUAUUCCAACUCCAGCACGCUUAUCUUUUUGGGGGCAGGAAUUGUUAGUACAGUCUAUCUUGCUUGCUGCAAGUCCUCCCUCUGCUGAGACAUGUACUCUGGUGCUGCGUUCCUUUAUUUUUUUUUUUUCUCUGUCUUUUUAAUGUUUUCUUCCUGUUGUUUUUCUUCUUAAAUGUGCAAAGUGAAGAGUUCCUCUUCCCCCCUCUCCCUUUCCACUGCACAGAACAACCUCCCGUUGAUUACACGCUGGAACUGUUGCUACUUUGCCAGAGGGGAGAGUGAACCUGUGCCUGCAUGUGUGUAUGUGUAAAAUAGACAGAAAAAUGUCAAUGAACAGCAGGAAAAGUUCUGGGAGACCGUCCUACUACUAUCGUCUGCUCCGGAGGUCACGACUUCAGAGACAGCGAAGCAGAUCCCGGAGCCGGAACAGGCCGCUUAGUAGGGGUAAUUGCAACGCAGUUCUGUUUAAUUGGCAGUGCAAAGACAUUCGUGCUGAUGCUUACAGGUAGCUUCGUUCCUGUGCGUGAGAGCGACCCGUGUGAAUGGAAGUGUGCCUGCUCCCCGUGCAGCGUGUGCUGGGCUUUGCAAAAGGCCAUUGCUUGUGCUGAGGGGGGGGAGCUGCUGGAUGGAGGUGAGCUGGGCAGCCUGGCUGUAACUAAUCCCAUCCCCUCUGUUAGCCACCCAUCGGUUAUUGCAGUGUGUUUGAUUAAGGUAACCGUUUCUUUCUAGCAAAUUGAGACGUUUGGAGGCCUAAUUGAUGAUUAUGGAUAUUUGAUUAAGAGAUGGUAUCUGUGUGCAGAGAUGAAUUGCUGGAACUUGUUCUCCAUGGGCUGAGUAUCACCAGGGGUUUCAACAUUACAAAGCUGAGUACGGUUUAAGGGCAGAAUUUUUAGAGCUUACAGGUUGUGCUCCAGAGGCACUGGGAAAACCUCUGGGACUUGUAUUCCCAAAUCACUUUGCUUCUAAAAAUCCUGCUCUAAAAGGGCCUAUUUGUCCUCAUCAGCAGGAGUUAGGUCCACAGAGUCAUGUUUCUGCAGGGCGUACUCACUCAUGCAGCCCGUUUAUUCUACUUGAGGCAGCCACUGACCCAGAUGCAUUUUUAAAAAUCAGCUAUUCUGGCUCUCUUGCAGUGUGAGAUACACGUCUGUUGCUGCUUGUGCCUGUUGUUAAAGCAGUCCAAGAGAUGGGUGGCUCUGAGUCGUUCUGUGUUGAGCUGUCUUUGCAGAAGGGAAGAUGAGGGCUGCGUUUGGCCUCCAGUGCAACAAUCCUGUCACAUUUAUAAAGUCCUGAGCUCAAUCAGAACCAUGAACGAACUUCUUAGUUGUUGUUCUUGUGCGAAUAAACAGCUGUAGCAGAGUGCAGUGGCAACACCUCGUGCUCCGUCAGGUGUGUGUGCAAAUCCAGGCUUUACCUGUGUCCCUGGGGUUGAUGAGGUUUACGCAGCAGCCUGCAGAGCUGACCCCAGGAGUGCAAAAUUUAACUUCACACAGCGUCCUCUUCCUCCCAUGACUUGCAGUACUUUUUCUGGCUGUGGAAUCAUUACUGGGAAAACAAUAGGAAGCUAAAUCAGUCCAUAAGCCUCAUCCUUUCCUAUAAGCAAAACAGGGUUUUUCUUUCCAUGGUUUUGUUUUGUUUUUCUGUUCUGCCUGUCAGAGAGGAGUGUCUGUAGACCCACAAGUGUGUAACAGCUCCUUUUUCCCCUUUAUUCAUAUACUGCUCAAAACCAAAAUAUUUUACUGUCAUUUCAGUUACCGAGACAAACCAGAUGCGUUCAUUUCUUUUAGGUAACCCAGUAUGAACUUAUGAGCAUAAACUGUCAUGAGCACAAGGAAUAUGCAAGCAGAUUUGAUUGAAAUGGAAAUGAGCCCUAAUGUUUGUAAGAAAUUGGAUUAGAACCAAAUGAAAUCUUCUUGCUGUUGAUCCCUCUCUGAGUAUUUUGUGUUUGUCACACACAUGUAGGAUUCCUGCCUGCUAGGAGAAUCAUAAUGCUCUGCACUCAUUUAGCUCUUCUCAUCCGUAGAUCUUACGGGGAUUUGCAAAAUCUGGACAAGAAUUUUCAUUUUCUAUAUGUCAUUUUCUAUAUGUAAGAGAUGUAGAAAGCAAGUUAAGCAAGUUGUGGAGGAAUGGUGUUGAGCUGCAAGGUCCUGGGAUGUGUAGGGCCCAGUCCAGGAGCUGCAGGCGGUCUGGGCAGAGUGAAGGAAGAGCAGAAUGCAGAUUUUUUGCCAGUGGACAAUGAAUGUGUGGGAGAUGGUAGGGCUGCGGGAGCAAUGGGGAACGCAGGCACCAGAAUGAGUCUGUAGGCUUUUUGGUUUUGAUGUAAUGUUAAUUCCCAAAGCCUACAAGCCUGAACAAGGAAGGAACUGAGGAUCACCCUCUCAAGUACUCAUCUGCAGUGUCAUUUGCCAUUGCUAGCUAAGAUGUUCUUAGAGAAAGAGCAGAUAUUCUUAAUGGAAAGUUAUCAUAAUCUUGUAAGUACUGGAGUGCUUUUACAGGAAUUCGCUGUGUUCUAUCUUGCCACUUGCUUGUUUCCAGGCCGUUUCCUCAGCAAGUCUCCCUCCCCCCUUUGCCACAAUCCACGCAGAGCACACGUGGAUGCAGCCGGGCGCUGCAGCAGCGAGGCCCGCAGGCUGAGCUCCUCCACGCGGUGCUGCCCAGCAGGCCGGCAGCAAGCUCAGGGCCAGGGGGCUUGCUGGGGGUCAAACAGCUGUUACACAUUUAGCAGGAGGAGGAGAUCUCUGCUGGCACACGUCCGCUCCGGCAUCUGGAAGCGCUCGCAGCACCGCACCAAUCGCGGACGCGGCUCCCGGGAGGUGCAGCUGCUGCCAUCUGCUGCCAGCACCGCUCUGUGCCGCUGCGCUGAGCGCCGGGAUCCCGGCUGGUUUGUGUCUGCCCGCUCCCUGAAUGAGGAGGAGGUUGUGUUGAAACGCACGUGUUCAUGUUCUGCCGCUUCCCGCUGCCGGCCCGUCAGGGGCAGAGGCGGAUCCCCCAAGUCGGAGCGUGGCUGCGGGAUGCUGCUCACCCGAGGAAGGCAGGGCUGGGCUGCGGCCAUUGCCUGCCCAGCUGUGGCCCCAGCUGUGGGGCUGGCUGCUGGGGAAGUGGGCCGUGGUGCAGGGGGACCAAGGAAGAGAUGGCCGCUGCCUCAGGAAAGUGUGCUGCAGUGCGUGUGAGAUAAGCAAAGUGAGCAGAAUUUGCAUUUUCUACGCCAGUCUCUAAGGAAAGGUGGGGACUGCUUUCUGUUGGGACUCCAGAUGGACACGAUCUGAUGUAGUGCGCAGAAAAAUCUGUCACACUUUCAGCUGUUUUCAGUGACAGCCAGCUUAUUUGAUGUCUCCUAUGAUGUCAUCCUCUAUUCAUGGAAUUCUCUGGCCAGCCCUGUUGCCCAGGGCACCUUCAUCUCCUGUUCGUGUGCCCAGGCCUGGAACAGCUGGAGAGGGCUGAAACUGAUGGGGUGGCAAAUCAGGCCAGAGCAGGGAGGCAUGCUGCUAGGAGGCUCCAGCACACAGAGAUUCCUGUAGUCUGGUGAUGGAUAAACAGGACAGGUUUCACUCCACUGUUAUAUUUUGUUACAAUGAUGAUAAUUUUGGAAAUCUCCCGGCUCUGCUUUCUGCAGGGAUUUGAGCCAUGCUACAGAGUCCCCCCCCGAGAGGUGUGGGCAGAGGCGCAGCAUGCCCAGCGGGGUCGCGGAGCGGAACCCCACCAUGGAGCCUGCAGCCACAACGCCCUUCCGCGUCACGGGGUUCCUCAGCCGUCGGCUUAAAGGCUCCAUCAAAAGGACAAAGAGCCAACCGAAGCUCGAUAGGAACAGCAGCUUCCGGCACAUCUUACCUGGCUUCAGGAGCGUGGACAAUGAGAGAUCCCAUCUAAUGCCGAGGCUGAAAGAAUCGCGCUCCCACGAGUCUCUGCUCAGUCCCAGUAGUGCUGUUGAGGCUUUGGAUCUCAGCAUGGAGGAAGAAGUGGUCAUCAAGCCGGUCCAUAGCAGCAUCCUGGGACAAGACUACUGCUUUGAGGUGACGACUUCAUCAGGAAGUAAGUGCUUCUCGUGUCGUUCUGCAGCAGAGCGAGAUAAAUGGAUGGAAAACCUGCGGCGUGCCGUGCACCCAAAUAAGGACAACAGCAGAAGGGUAGAGAAUAUGUUAAAGUUAUGGAUUAUCGAAGCCAAGGACCUGCCAGCUAAGAAGAAGUACUUGUGUGAAUUAUGCCUGGAUGACGUUCUUUAUGCACGAACUACCUGUAAAUUGAAAACUGAUAAUGUCUUCUGGGGGGAGCACUUUGAAUUUAAUAACCUCCCAUCGCUCAAAAACAUUACGGUGCACUUAUACAAAGAGACUGACAAGAAGAAAAAGAAGGACAAGACCAAUUUCAUUGGACAAGUGAACAUCCCUGUCAGCUCUGUCACGGGACGGCAGUUUGUGGAGAAGUGGUACCCUGUGGUCAGCCCCAACCCUGGGAAGGGCAAAUCCCCAGGGCCCAUGAUCCGCAUCAAGUCACGCUACCAGAGCAUGAGCAUUCUUCCCAUGGAGAUGUACAAAGAGUUCGCCGAGUACAUCACUAACAACUACAUGGUGCUGUGCUCAGUGCUGGAGCCCUCGCUGAGUGUGAAGAACAAAGAGGAGAUGGCAUCUGCGCUGGUGCACAUCCUGCAGAGCACAGGCAAGGCCAAGGAUUUCUUGACUGACCUGAUGAUGUCUGAAGUUGAUCGCUGUGGUGAGAAUGAGCAUCUCAUUUUCAGGGAGAACACAUUGGCCACCAAAGCAAUCGAGGAAUACCUGAAGCUGGUGGGACAGAAAUACUUGCAGGAUGCCUUAGGGGAAUUUAUCAAGGCUCUCUAUGAAUCGGAUGAAAACUGCGAGGUGGAUCCCAGUAAGUGUUCAUCCUCAGACCUUCCUGAACAUCAGAGCAACCUGAAGAUGUGCUGUGAGCUGGCCUUCUGCAAAAUCAUCAACUCCUACUGUGUCUUCCCAAGGGAACUCAAAGAAGUUUUUGCCUCGUGGAGACAGGAGUGCAGCAACCGUGGCCGCCCAGACAUCAGCGAGCGACUGAUCAGUGCCUCCCUGUUCCUCCGCUUCCUCUGCCCAGCUAUCAUGUCCCCUUCCCUCUUCAGUCUCCUGCAGGAGUACCCGGACGACCGCACUGCACGCACUUUGACCCUCAUUGCCAAGGUCACCCAGAACCUGGCCAACUUUGCCAAGUUUGGCAGCAAAGAGGAAUAUAUGUCUUUUAUGAAUCAGUUUCUGGAACAUGAGUGGACCAACAUGCAGAGAUUCCUACUAGAGAUUUCCAAUCCAGAAACCAUCUCAAACACAGCUGGCUUUGAAGGCUACAUUGACCUGGGCCGGGAACUGUCCACUUUGCACUCGCUGCUCUGGGAAGUCAUUUCUCAGCUGGAGCAGAGCACUGCAACAAAACUUGGCCCUCUGCCGCGGAUCCUGAGGGACGUCAACUCGGCGCUCAGCAACCCGGCCUGCGUGCAGGUCUCAGUCACAGCUGAUCACACUGCAUCCACUCCCAGUGCUGGGAACAGCAUCUCUGCGGGGCUGCAGAAAAUGGUGAUAGAGAAUGACUUAUCUGGUCUGAUAGAUUUCACACGGUUACCAUCUCCAACCCCCGAAAACAAGGACUUGUUUUUUGUCACAAGGUCUGCUGGGGCCCAGCCCUCACCUGCCCGAAGCUCCAGUUACUCAGAGGCCAAUGAGCCCGACGUGCAGAUGUCAAAUGGCAGCAAGAGUUUGUCCAUGGUGGACUUGCAGGACAAUCGGCUCUUGGACAGCGGGGCCAACGCGCCCGGUGCUGCCGACUCCCUCAAUGACAGUCAGUCGUCCCUGGGGCAGUUGCAGGGCGUGUGGACCGCUCGGACUCAGCAGGGCGGCAUGACGGGUAUGGCCACGGUGCGCCGCGUGGGCCAGACGCCCACGACGCCGAGCGGCGAGAGCGCGCCCGGCCGGCCCCAGCUGCUGGCCCCGCUCUCCUUCCAGAACCCCGUGUACCAGAUGGCCGCCGGGCUGCCGCUGUCGCCCCGCGGGCUGGGCGACUCCGGCUCCGAGUGCCACAGCUCGCUCAGCUCCCACAGCAACAGCGAGGAGCUGACGGCCAACAAACACGGCUUCGCCGGCCCCGCCGCCGGCGAGGACUUCACCCGCCGGACGGGGGAACUGGCCCGGCGGCAGCUCUCGCUUUCAGAGAAGGGCGGGCAGCCCACCAUGCCGCGGCAGAACAGCGCGGGUCCGCAGCGGCGGAUAGACCAACCGCCGCCGCCGCCGCCGCCGCCCGUCAGCCGGGGCAGGACGCCGCCCUCGCUGCUGAACGCGGUGCAGUACCAGCGGCCGUCCAGUGGCAGCAUGAUGUCCUCCUCGCCCGACUGGCCCGGCAGCGGGGCCCGCCUCCGGCAGCAGUCCUCCUCCUCCAAGGGCGACAGCCCCGAGAUGAAGCAGCGCACCAUGCACAAACAGGCCCCUUCUCCUGUGAACCCCAAUGCCCUGGACCGCACUGCUGCUUGGCUUUUGAAUAUGAACAUGCAGUUUUUAGAAGAUGAAAGCAUUGACCCAGAUUCCAAGCACAGGGAUAAGCUCAGGAAUAAGGACGAGCUCAGCCAAGCAGAAAAGUACCAGCAGGACCUGGUGGUGCUGCAGGACAAGUUGCGCAUCUCCAACAAGAAGCUGGAGGAGUACGAGACACGCUUCAAAUGCCAGGAGGAGACAACGCAGAAACUGAUGCUGGAGUACCAGGCCAGGCUGGAGGAGAGCGAGGAGCGGCUGCGGAGACAGCAGGAGGAUAAGGAGAUCCAGAUGAAGGGCAUCAUCAGCAGGCUGAUGUCAGUUGAGGAGGAGCUGAAGAAAGACCACGCAGAAAUGCAGGCUGCCGUGGACUCCAAGCAGAAGAUCAUUGAUGCACAGGAGAAACGCAUUGCUUCACUGGAUGCUGCCAACGCACGGUUAAUGAGUGCCCUUACUCAGCUGAAAGAGAGGUACAGCAUGCAGACACGUAAUGGGAUCUCCCCCACAAACCCAACUAAAUUGCAGAUUACAGAGAAUGGAGAAUUCAGAAACAGCAGUAAUUGUUAACCCGCGGAGGGCGCUGCCGCAGGAGGAGGCCUGGCCAGAGAGACCGUGCAGCAGCAGGUGUGAGCCGCGGCUUCAGAGAACGGCUGCUCUCUCCCCAGAGAACCCAGCUCCUUACUGCGGACGGCGCGCUUGACUGAGCCUUUGUGGGAGAUGCUAAUGCCAGCACAUUGAGGGGACGGAAAGAUCAAGUGUGAGAUGAGUGGCAUAAGGAAAUAAGAUAUAUUUGAGAAUUGCUGUCACUGUUGGAUUUAAAUCAGUGUUUAAUGUUUAAACAGAAGUAACCUUUUCCUUCCAAACUGCCCAGAGGAUACGCCUCCCCCCUCCCAACAAGGAGUAAUGUCCUUGCGCUGCAGGAGGCAAAAUGCAGGGAGCUGGGCAGAGCCUGCAGUGGGCAGCACCCUCAGUACAGGCAGCGUAUGCUGGACAAGGGCUGGCAGGAGCCUGGCCUGCUCCUCCUGUGACUCCCCCUGGAGCACAGCCCCAUCCCCAGAGCAAUCCCUGAGCCUUUGGCCUUCCUUAUGUAGCUUUUGUGCUGCCACUUACUUCUGCAGUGGGUAGCUGUCCAGAGGGCAUCUGCACAGCACAUCAGAGUUUAAUGAACUCUGCCCAUACGGGGGCAGAGCCCAGCAGGAUGGUCAGGGCUCGCUCAGUGCAAUGUGGGGGCCAUGUGGGUGCUGCUGGGGCUGUGGGGCCCUGGGCAGCGCCUAUGAGAAGGAGGGGCCUCAGGCUCCUGUGUCAGUGGAGGGAGGAUCUGGGCCCUGCAGGAUUUCUUGGUUCCACUCCCAGCUUCUGCUCUCACAAACACUGGGGACAAGUCUUGUAAAGCAAUAGUUCCAGGGCACUGUGUUCCCUACCACACACAUAA